CAAGGUUCCACACAUGUUCAUCCUCAUCUUUUGAAGCCUGCGGGAGUGGCGCAGGUGACCCGUGACGUUGAUGGCACCUUAUUAAUGCUCGGUUGUCUUUCGACCUUCCACAGGACCGCAUGCACAUUGAACAUCUCAUAACCUUUUCUCAAACUUUAGCUUCCCCCCUCCAAACCAUAGCUAGUCCAAGUAUGUUAAUGUCUCUCCUCCGUAAACCCUAUACUGAGUCCUUCACCUUAGAAUGUGUCAUAGCCUCUCGUCGCGCUGCGCGUCAUGCAAAGAGUCCUUCACCUCGUAUUCCCAACAUUUACCGAUCACAGUACUCCCUCAAGGUCGCCCUCUCCAAACCCUCAAUGCUCUACUCGCUCAAGGUCAAAUACCAACAAGCUUCGCCUUCGACGAUACCGGAUCCGUGUGGCAGCCAAUUCCGUCUCUUGACGAAGAACCAUCCGUUAUCUUGUCAUGUAGACCUUAUGAAUUCUCGCCACCUAUUGUUAUCCCAAGCGCAUCAGUGUGUUAUUCGACUCCUGACCUUCCUACUGAAGUCUGGAUCAAAAUCUUCGCAGAAGCGUGCACGGACCUUCAUCGAUGGUUAACGGUCCUGCGUAUCAGCUUAGUUUGCCACCACUGGCGAGAUAUCGCACACUCUUUGCCAUUGCUCUGGACGAGCAUUUGUGUCGACGUUCUACAUGUCAAGCAGAGUGAGAUGUGGACACCUUGGCGGUCCUUUGAGACCGUCUGGUGGUUCCUGCAUCUAUCAAAACACGAACCGCUCGAUGUGAAAGUGGACUUGUUAGGAUGCGACGGCGACCUUGAGUUCGAGUGCACAGUGGAGAUGCUUGCAGAGCACUCUCGGAGGUGACGUAGCGCGGAUAUCAGGGUCACACCUUCGAGUCUGACGUAUUUUAAGGGUGUGGCCGGUAGGCUCCCUCUAUUGGAGAAUCUCUCCGUGGAUGUCGUGGAGGAAGCCUUUUGAGGUAACAAGAAGCGCUUUCAAGGCUUUCGGCGCACGCCCAAGUCGGUGUCUCAUAGCCCUGCUGGU